CAGCCCCACCCCUUCCUCUAGCUCCAUAGCCCUGGACACAGUACACACGGCCCAGAGUCCCUCCUGGAAGGGAAAUAAAAGGAACUGUUUCGGUUCCCAUGGCUGUGGUCAACAUCGACAUUCCAGGACUCAGCCCUCGGAAUCCUCAUUAUAUUCCAGGGUACACUGGACACUGCCCACUACUUCGGUACAGCAUGGGCCAGACCUACGGGCAGGUGACCGGUCAGCUACUUCGAGGCCCUCCUGGCCUAGCCUGGCCUCCUGCUCACCGCAAGCUUCUGCCUCCCAUUGAGUCUCCAAGAUCUCCUGGGAUUUCCAGUGGGAGGCUACCUCCCAGGCAUGGGCAUGAAAGGCUCAGCUCCAGCAUAGUCCCUGGGUAUACAGGUUUUAUACCACAGGCACAGUUCAUGUUUGCCAAGAAUUGCAACCAGGUUUGGGCUGAAGCUAUGAACAACUUUACUCAAAGGCAUGGGCAGGAGGAGAGUCAUGAGCUGUCAAAGGAGGCCAAGGGAGGAAAAGAGGCCGAGAAAGACCAAGGGCCUGAGGCAGAGGAGCCGGAGCUGAAGCAGGAGGUGGCCCAAACAUCCCCCUACUCCAUGGAUGACACAGAUCCCCAGAAAUUCUUCAUGUCAGGCUUCACUGGCUAUGUGCCCCGUGCCCGCUUCCUCUUUGGCGCUAGCUUUCCCGUGCUCACCAACCAGGCACUGCAGGAAUUUGGGCAGAAGUGCUCAAAGGGCAGAGUGCAGAAGGAUCCCAAACCUCUUUCUCCACUCCCCAGGCCCAACUUCCAAAACCUGGGUCUCCUUCCUCACUAUGGUGGUUACGUGCCAGGGUAUAAGUUCCAGUUUGGUGGUACAUUUGGACACCUCACCCAUGAUGCUCUGGGCCUUGGCACCACUCAGAAACAGCUCCUGGCUUAAGUACCAGGAUUUCAAGGUCUCUCUUUUUGUCCUAUCCUAUCUUUUUGGAAAGAAGAGAGGCAGGUAG